UCAGUGCGUCCGCCCGGUGCUAUUCUUGCCUGCUGCAAGCUAAAACCCUCCCAGCACUCACCUUUCCUGGUAAAAGCGCCUUCAGACUGCUUCAGACGUCCUUCGGUUGGUGCUUGCAGUGGUGGUGGUGCGUUCGGAGCGGUGCAGUGAAGCUCGUCAAAUCCCGCAAGAGUGAUCAGUAGUUGACAAGUUCAGGCACCCACCACCAACAUGCCCGGCCACGUGAAGAAGAGCACGGGUCCCGACCCCGACCCCUCAGAGUUUUUGUACAUUUCAAUGGAAAUGAAAAUGCAGGACUCGACUAAGCCUUAUGACCCUAAGAAGUCGUGUUGGGUCCCUAGUGACAAGGAGGGCUUCAUCGAGGGGGAGAUCCAGGGCAACAAGGGCGAUCUCAUUGUUGUUUACGCGGGAGGAGAGACCAAGAACUGGAAGAAGGAUCUUGUUGAUCAGGUCAACCCUCCCAAGUACGAGAAAUGCGAGGACAUGUCCAACUUGACCUACUUGAACGAUGCCUCCGUCCUGUACAACUUGAAGUCCCGAUACAUCGCUAAGCUCAUCUACACCUACUCCGGUCUCUUCUGUAUCGCCAUCAACCCCUACAAGCGCUACCCCAUCUACACCAACCGCGUGGUCAAGAUCUACCAGGGCAAGAGGCGUAACGAAGUGCCUCCCCAUCUCUUCGCUAUCGCCGACGGCGCCUACAUGAACAUGAUUCAACUUGGUGAAAAUCAAUCUAUGCUGAUUACUGGUGAGUCUGGUGCCGGCAAGACUGAGAACACCAAGAAGGUGCUCUCCUACUUCGCCAACGUCGGCGCCACCACCAAGAAGAAAGCUGAAGAGACCAAGAAGAAUCUCGAGGACCAAAUUGUUGAGACCAACCCUGUCCUGGAAGCCUUUGGUAACGCCAAGACCGUUCGAAAUGACAACUCAUCCCGCUUCGGCAAGUUCAUCCGGAUCCAUUUCCAACCUAACGGCAAGCUGGCCGGUGCUGACAUUGAGGUCUACCUGCUGGAGAAGGCUCGCGUCAUCUCCCAGCAGCCUCUUGAGCGCGCCUACCAUAUCUUCUACGAAAUGAUGUCCGACCAGAUCCCGCAAAUCAAACCCUCAUGCUAUCUAAGCAACGACAUCUACGAUUACCAUUACGUGUCUCAAGGCAAGGUUACCGUCCCCUCCAUUGAUGACGCCGAGGACAUGCAGUUCUGUCAUGAUGCCUUCGACGUUCUCGGUUUCUCCCCCGAAGAGGUUGAACAAGUCUACAAAGUCACCGCAUCAGUCAUGCACUUCGGUGAAGUCAAGUUCAAGCAGAGGGGUCGCGAGGAACAGGCCGAACCUGACGGCACUGAGGUUGGUGACAAAGUCGCCAAAUUGCUAGGCGUUGAGGGCGCUGAUCUGUACAAAUGCAUUACCAAGCCCAAGAUCAAGGUCGGAGCUGAGUUCGUAGCCAAGGGUAUGAAUGUGGAUCAGUGUAACUACUCCGUCGGUGCCCUGGCCAAGGGUCUGUUCGACCGUGUGUUCAAGUGGCUGGUUGCCAAGUGUAAUCAGACUCUGGAGACGGGUCAGAAGAGAGCGUCGUUUAUUGGCGUGCUCGAUAUUGCUGGCUUCGAGAUCUUUGACUACAACGGCUUCGAGCAGAUCUGUAUCAACUUCUGUAACGAGAAGCUGCAGCAGUUCUUCAACCAUCACAUGUUUGUGCUGGAACAAGAGGAGUACAAGAAGGAAGGUAUCAACUGGGUCUUCGUCGACUUCGGUAUGGAUCUACAGGCCUGCAUCGAGCUCUUCGAGAAGAAAAUGGGAAUUCUCUCUAUCUUGGAGGAAGAGUCUAUGUUCCCCAAAGCCACUGACAAAUCCUUCCAAGAGAAACUUAAUGCUAAUCACCUGGGAAAAUCUCCUGUGUUCAUCAAGCCCAAGCCACCCAAGGCCGGUCAGGUCGAGGGCCACUUUGCCAUCGUUCACUACGCUGGCACUGUCACGUAUAACUUGACUGGUUGGCUGGAGAAGAACAAGGAUCCCGUCAACGACACCGUCGUCGACCUGCUGAAAAAAUCUUCCCACGCCCUUGUGGUCACGCUAUUCGCUGACCAUCCUGGACAGUCUGGAACUGGUGACGCUAAAGGUGGUCGAGGUGCAAAAUCUGGAUCUUUCAAGACAGUUUCCUCAAAUUACCGGGACCAGCUCAACAACCUGAUGAAGACCCUCAACGCCACUCAUCCCCACUUCAUCCGAUGCAUCGUCCCCAACGAGACCAAGUCCCCAGGUGUGAUUGACGCGGGUCUUGUCAUGCACCAGCUGACCUGUAACGGUGUGCUUGAGGGCAUCCGUAUCUGUCGUAAGGGCUUCCCCAACAGGAUGUUGUACCCUGACUUCAAGCAUCGAUACAAGAUCCUGGCCUCUAAGGAGAUGAGUGAGACGCCUGACGACAAAAAAGCCGCCAAAAUUUGCUUCGACAAAGCCGGGCUGGAAGAAGAACUCUACCGCCUGGGCAACACUAAGGUGUUCUUCCGUGCUGGAGUUCUGGGUACCCUGGAGGAGAUCCGUGACGACCGCCUGAGUAAGAUAAUAUCCUGGCUGCAGGCCUGGGUCCGCGGCUUCAUCGGGCGAAAGGAAUACAAGAAACUCCAGGAUCAGCGCGUCUCCCUUGUCGUCGUCCAGCGCAGUCUACGCAACUUCCUAAAGAUGCGCACCUGGGCCUGGUUCACCCUUUGGCAAAAGGUCAAGCCUCUCCUCAACGUUACUCGUAUCGAGGACGAGAUGCGCGCCCUCGAGGAGAAGGCCGCAAAGGCUCUAGCGGACUACGAGACCGAGGCCAGGCUUCGCAAAGAAGCUGAGUCCACCAUCGCCGCUCUUCAAGAAGAGAAAAACAACCUGUUACUUUCCCUCGAGUCCACCAAAGGUAAUAUGUCUGAAUACCUGGAAAAACAAGCCAAACUACAGCGCCAGAAAGCCGAGCUGGAGACUCAACUUGACGAUGCCACAGAUCGUCUUCGCCAAGAAGAAGAAACCCGCAAAAAGUUUGCCGAUAGCAAGAAAGAAAUGGAACAAGAGCUAAAAGCCCUGAAGAAGGAGCUGGAGAACAAAGAAUGUGUUACCCAUCAAGUAGAACAAGACAAGGCGGCAAAAGAUCAUCAAAUUAGAACCCUCGCUGAAGAAAUUGCGCACCAGGAAGAACUUAUUAACCAAGUGAAGAAAGAGAAGAAACACCUUCAGGAGUGUAAUCAGAAGACGGCUGAAGAUCUUCAAUGCAUCGAAGACAAAUGUACUCAUCUCAACAACGUAAAAACUAAGCUGGAACAAACUCUUGAUGAACUCGAGGAGUCUCUUGAUCGCGAGAAGCAGCUCCGAGGUGAGGGAGACAAGAUAAGGCGCAAAAUUGACAAUGACCUUAAGCUGACUCAAGAAACUGUCGCUGAUCUUGAACGCUCCCGUAAAGACCUUGAGGACACUAUUCAUCGCAAGGAUAAAGAAAUUUUCGAGCUUACAAGUAAGGUUGAGGAGGAACAUGGAAUCAUCUCCAAGUACAACAGACAAAACAAAGAAUUCCAAACACGUAUUGAAAAUCUUGAGCGAGAACUUAUAGACGAGCGUGAAGCACGCAGCAAGGCUGAACAGGCGAAGACCAGAUUACUACGCGAACUCUCAGAAUCCGCAAGUCGUCUGGAGGAGGCUGGAGGAGCCACCGAAGCCCAGAUCGAGCUGAAUAGAAAGCGGGAGGCUGAGCUGGCUAAGCUCCGCCGAGACCUUGAGGAGAGCAACACCAAACACAACACUUCAAUCAAUAUUCUCCGCAAGAAACACACUGAUGCCGUCGCCGAAAUGUCAGAGCAGAUAGUCACUCUCAACAAGGUGAAAGCCAGGAACGAGAAGGAGAAAGAGUCCUUGAGGAGCGACUUAAGUGAUGCCAAGGCUGGCCUCAGUAGCCUCGCCCGAGAUAAGGCUGACGCUGAGAAAACCAACAAGCAGCUGACACAACAGCUGAACGAGACGAGCUUCAAGCUGGAAGAGGCCCUUCGCGCCCUGGGCGACCACGACGCCACCAGGAAGAAGCUCGCUGUUGAGAACGCCGACCUCGUCCGCCAGCUGGACGAGACGGAGCACAGAGUGGCGGAACUUACCACCCUCAAGCUCUCCCUCACUAACCAGGUCGUAGAGAGUAAGAGACUUGCUGACAGCGAGAUCAAGAACCGUGUUAAUCUUCUAGGCAAAUAUCGCAACCUGGAAUUUGACAUUGAAGGUCUUCGAGAGCAACUGGACGAAGAGAAUGAAAUAAAAUCAGACUUGAUGCGUCAAAUUUCCAAGUCUUCAGCUGAGGCACAAAUGUGGCGUGCCAAGUACGAGUCAGAGGGCGUUGCCAAGGCUGAGGAGCUGGAAGCAACGCGCCUCAAGCUGGUCGCCCGCCUUGACGAAGCAGAGGCGCAGAUUGAAGAGCUUAAUCUCAAAAACCUCAACCUGGAGAAGAACCGGCAGCGUAUCACCUCUGAGUUCGAGCACGUUCAGGUUGAGGUUGAUCGAGCUCAAGCCAUGGCAAUUGCUGCUGAAAAAAGGCAAUAUAACUUUGAUAGGAUAGUUGGUGAAUGGAAAAUAAAGGUAGACGACCUUGCUGGCGAACUCGAUGCUUCACAAAAGGAGUGCCGCAAUUACGCCAAUGAACAUUCUCGUAUUAACGCCCUGUACGAGGAGAACCAAGAACGAUUUGAAUCCCUUCGUCGCGAAAAUAAGAGUAUUUCUGACGAGCUCAGAACGCUAACGGACCAGACUAACCAGAACUACCUGGCUCUCAUCGAAGCCCAGAAAAGCGCCAAGCGUUUUGAAACCGAGAAAGAUGAGCUUCAGGCCGCUCUUGAGGAAGCCGAGGCUGCCCUCGAACAAGAGGAGAACAGAACGUCACGUAGUCAGUAUGAGCUCAAUCAAGUCAGACAAGAAAUUGAAAAACGAAUCCAGGAAAAAGAAGAUGAAUUUGAAGCCACCCGAAAGGCUCAUCAGCGCGCCAUUGACGCCCUACAAGCUUCCCUUCAGAGUGAAGCCAAAAGCAAGGCAGAAGCACUUCGACUGAAAAAAAAGAUGGAGUCAGAUAUCGGUGAACUGGAAGUUGCUCUCGAUCACUCCAAUAAGGCAAAUACAAACCUGCAGAAGCAAUUAAAAAAACAUCAGACCGAAAUCCAUGAACUGCAGCAGCGUCUCGACGAACAACAGCGCCUCGCUUCUGAUUACCGUGAACAGUUUAGUUCCGCUGAGCGCAAGGCCAACACUCUAAGUAUAGAGCUGGAGGAGGCUCGCACGCUGCUAGAGCAGUCAGACCGCAGUCGUCGUCAAGCUGACUCCGACCUCUCUGAUGCUCAUCUCCAGGUCAGGAAACUCACGACAGAAAACAAUAAUCUAUCUGUCUUAAGGAGAAAACUUGAGAACGAAGUCUCGUCCCUUCGUACCGACCUGGAUGAAUUGGCUAAAGAGGCAAGGAACUACGAGGAUAAAGGGAAGAAGGCGAUGCUUGACGCAGCACGCCUAGCUGACGAGUUGCGAGUCGAACAAGAACACACCCAUGUUCAAGAAGGCGUACGCAAGGGCUUGGAAGUAACCGUCCGAGAAUUGCAAGUUCGCGUUCAAGAAAGUGAAGCCAUUGCCGAAGGGUAUGGAAGAACUACCGUUGGCAGACUGGAAACUCGAGUUCGGGAUCUGGAAGAACAACUGGACACCGAGCGUGUUGCCCACGCAGAGGCCCAGAAGAACCUGAGGAAGUGUGAGAGAACCAUCAAGGAACUUUCAUCCCAGACAGAUGAGUACAAGAAGUCUUACGAAACGAUGCAAGACUUCGUUGAUAAGCUGCAGCAGAAAACCACGUCCUACAAGCACCAGAUAGACGAGGCCGAAGAGAUAGCCGCUCUGAACGUAGCCAAGUACCGCAAGGCGCAGCAGGAGCUGGAGGACGCGGAGAAUCGAAUCCGCUCCACCGCAAGCCAGAGUCUAAUAACGUACAUAGAGAGUACAAUAUAAUAAGCUUACCUUUGAUAGCUUAAGUACUUGCGCUGUAUAAUCACUUGUAAUAGGUGCAAGAUUGAAGUUCAAACAAACUUUUGGAAGGAACUUAAUACCCACCACUUUACUAUAUUUCUCUUUUAUAUAAUUGUUUUUAGAUUUAUAUGAACAGUUUUCAAACUCCGUUUUAUUUUUAAAACAAUAACAUGCAUUUAAAAAUAUAUAUAUAUAAGUAAACAAAGAGAAACUAUUAGCCUUUAUUUGAUUAUAAAUUACUAGAAACUAGUGUUUUCCUUCCAGGACGUUCAAUAAUAUCAUUCACCUUCCUCGUGGCUAUAGGCCUCUGUGCUCUUCGAAAAUCACAUGCGUUAAAAAAGCAACUGUAUGAAACAGUCACAGCAAUGUCACUUGCAUCUACAGGCAAACUGUGCUUGUCAAACUUUGCAAAGUAACUAUAUGUUACAGACAUUCAUAAUUACAGCUAGUACCAUUCUGGUAAAACAGAUGCA